AUGGCCGAGCCUUCCUCUGAGCUGUCCACCGAGGCCCGCCCCGGCGCCACCGGGCCUGAAGAGGCUGAAUCGACGAUGCCCCAGAAGCACAAGCAGAAGCAGAAGCACAAGCAGGAGCAGGAGCAGAAGCAGAAGCAGCCAAGGCGUCGCGGCCGCCGCUCCAGCCGACGCGGCGGCAGCUUCGCCACCUACUUCGCCAGGAUCGUGAGGCAGUUCCCCGGCCGCCUCCGCCUGUCGCAGGAGGCCGUGAGCGUGAUGGAUUCGUUCGUUCACGACAUGCUGGAGCGCAUCGGCGAGGAGGCCGGCCGGCUGGCCCGCUACACCGAGCACGCCACCAUCACCACCAGGGAGAUCCAGACGGCCGUGCGCCUGAUGAUGCCCGGGCACCUCGGCAGGAACGCCGUGACCGCGGGCAUCAAGGCCGUCCUCAGACACACUCGCAGCCAGUAG